UCGUUAAUUAUCAUGUUUUAAAGUAUGUGUCAAUAUCUUUUAAUAUAUUAAUACUUUUAACUUAUAUUUUAUAUCAACUUUUGUGAUUUUUUUUUUAGUCUUUAGUCCAUCACUCCAAAUUUUCUGCUUGAAUACUCUAGUAGGAACUCAAUAUAUCAGAUGAAACUCGGUGUGAGUAAUACAUAAAUCAGUUGGUCUAUUAGCUACUAUGUCAUUUUGUGCAACGAUGAAUGAAUAGAACGGUGUUUGAAUUAUUAUUUUACGUUCUUUCAAAAUCUAUAGCCUCUUCGCAUACAUUUACAUAUAUAGAUGUUUCAUUAUAUCACGUAUUGCAAAGCAUACAUUCGAAGUAAAGUAGCUAAGUACACGAAAGAUUUCAUAAUGAUAAUAGAUUUCAAUCGAUAAAUUUCUCCUAUAAUAUAAUAAUACUUCUGUUUCUAUAUUCCUGUCCAAUUAACAAAGUAUAUAAAUUAUCUAAGCUUAUUAUUAAUAAUAAAUGUCAAAUAUUGAAGAAGAAUAUUAAUUUGGCCUUAGAAAAUAAUACAUAUUUGAAACAACUAAUCUCGAAUGAUUUCGAGCGCCCUCUUUGAUGCUGCACAAUUCACGCUGCCUAUUUAUUUCGAUAAUAAUCAAACAAUUCCAAAGUAAUCGAAUUAAUUUGAGACAAAUAUUUCAUCAUGAUGUUAACAUAGUAUUGUGCGGUAACAUAGUAUUAACUAUUGUUUGCGAGAAUUUUGUCUCAUCGAUAAUAAUAAGUUACACUUGAUUUUUUCGGCUGACAUUUUAGAACAUCGUAUGCGAAUCUGCGUAACGUAGAGAACACAAGAUCGAGAAUACGCAAGUAAUAUAAUUUGAAUUGAUUACAAGUAAGCUAGGGAUAAUUUUAAAAAUAAGCACAUUGAAAGAAAAUAUUAUUUUUAUCGGGAAAAAAGUAUUAUUAAACAUAAUGAAAUGGCUGCGACACUGUUAAAAAUAUACGGAAGUUUGAUUCUCAAAUAUCCGAAUCACGUUUCGAAAUGCAAUACAAUUGGAAAAAGAAAAAUAAAUUUUCAUACUACAGCAAAAAAUUUCGAAGUGAAAUGCGACGAUAGACCAUUUUUUAGAACUCGUUUAGCUCUACCACCCGAUUACGAGAACGUAGUAGAUUUUAUGUGCGAAGCGUACUACAAAUACGAACCGUUAAUCAUUAAUAUCGGUUUGGCGGGCACAGAAGCGCCACCUAUUUGGAGAACUAUGAUGUUUGAUCAAGUAAGAGGGGGAUACUCGAUUAUUGCCGAGGAUCGAGACAACUGCAUCAUUGGCGCUGCCUUAAAUUGCGUAGUAGAUUCUAGCGAUGCAGAAAAAAUGUACUGUUUAGCAAAAUGUUGCUCAGAAGGUCCGAUGCGCGAUCUCAUCGAAUUUUUCGGUUUCGUUUCGGAGGCGCCCAAACUUUGGGAACGAUUUUGCGUUAUGACAAUCUUCGAACAAGCUAGUCUAGCAGUAAAGAAAGAUUUUCAAUCAUUGGGGAUCGGAAAAAGAUUGAUCCAGGAAAGUUGGCACUUGGCACGCGAUUGUGGUUUCCGGUUAUUCAGGAUGGAUUGUAACAACAGUUUUUGUUCAAGAAUAUGUCAAGGGUAUCGGUGGGAAAUGAUUUGGCAUAUACCAUUCAGUCAAUACACGAAAAACGGUAAAGUUGUAUUUAAAUGCGUGAAGGAACCGCAUACGGUGUGCCGAGUAUUUAUCGAUCGAUUACAAUAUUGUAAAACUUACUGCCCUCCUUAUAAAGAAUGUAAAUCACCUAUACCUCCUCCAGAGAAGUUCUAAAAAAAACUGAAAUAUAUAUUUAUUACAUCCUUAUAAUUUUUCGUUACUAAAAUUGUACGUAUAAAUUAGAGAAUAAAAAAAAAUAUCUUUAUACAUAUAAAAAAGAAUAUUUUAAAUAAUAUAUUAUAUUUUAGAUAUUUACUUUAAAAGUACUUUGAAUGUUAAACUUCUUCUUAACAAAAAUCAUACUUAUAUAUUCAAUAUCCUAAAAAUCAUUACUUUUUAAACAUUUAACAAAUUUAUCGUUAGAUUUUCAUUUAAACGAAAUUAGUCAACAGAUAUUUCUUCUCUCAACCAUCCAUUCAAUUACUCAAUUAUCAGCGCAAUUGGUAUCGCAUAUAUACUAUUCUCCACCUUAUACAGUUUCCAUCUUCUUACUAUUUUUAUCCUUCUGCUCUUCAAUCGUAUUCCAUUUCCCUUCCCUUCCCUUGCAAAUCGUUGCAAAGCUCGCGAAACUACCGAUUACUCUUAAACUCACUUCGCUCAUUCUCAUUUCAGCCGCAACGAAUUCGCCGUUGUUCGACGACCCUUCGUUCGUGCGAAAGUUCGCCAAUCGAAGAGGAAUGGAAGCGGUGCGGUAACAUUCAAAUGAAAUUCUCGAUAUUUGACUUGUAAGCUUGGUCUCGUCAUGGAACCGGGGGAUGAAGGAGGGGAAGGUUUCGACUUUCACGGACGAUGGAAUUACAAAUGCCUAGAGAGGGAGGGAGAGUGGGGAGGGGAAGUGUUUUCCAGUCGGAUUCCGGUCGCUCCCUAAGUUCGAUUCGCGGGAUGGAAACUCGACAUCGACUCGAAACGUCAAUCGAAACGUCACGACGGCGGAAGUUGAGGAAUAAUCGUCGUCGAACAUGGAUGUAACGAGGUUCCGCCGCAGAAUGAAACCGAUCUCUGCCCCUCGUAAAUCCCCGUUUCGUGUAUUUUUAGUCGACAGGUUGGAAAGUGGGUGGCAAAUUGCCGGUCGAAUUGAUAUAUCGCCGGUUGACUUGAUUCAUUUGUAAAACAAUUUUGGACAGACGGCCGAUCGUCCAUUAUCGGUUCUGUUAUUGCCAGAAUUCGGAAACGAAUAAGCAACCGAUUCUAUGAUUUAACUAUGGGAAUCGAUGUGAGAUCGUUAUUCAAUGAGAGAUUGCGUGAAAUCCUAAAAAAGUUCUAAAGGAGGUAAGAUUUAUAAAGUUUUCGGGAUAAAAUUACGCAAGAAUGUUUUAGGUAGAAAUGUUUCCCUGUUGUCUCAUUUUACUUCGAUUAUUAUUAGUGUCACUCUUGUAUUUAUUUGGAACGAAUGGUUUGAAUUGAAUGAAACUCUGUAUCGAAAUAGAUUUUAGUUACUUGUAAAAAUAUAUUUUUUCACACAAUUGGUAAUUAUUGAAUUGAAAGGAUCUUUGUUUGGGGAAUUUUUUCAAUUUUAUAAAUUUGCACGAAGCAAUCGUGAGAUUGGUUUUUUUUAAAAAUGGUUUUUUAAAAAUGGUUCUAUAGAUUUUUGGAAAUUGGUUGUCGAUCUAUCUGUCCUUAGAUGAAAAAUCAUUGUAGAAUACUCCCCAUUUCUUCGGUUUAAAAAGUGAAAAAAGAAAUAAUUUCGUGGACAAUUUUUUUAUUUUAUAUAUAAAAAGAAAUCAUACGGAAUGAAAGAAAGAAAUUUUACAUAUUGUAAAAUACAUCCUUCGAUGCGAAUAACUAUCUUUUCCUCCAAACAAAAGCAUAUAACAGAUACAUAUUGUUUUCGCAGUCGCCUGAAUAAACAGAGCACACAUCUAUUCAUAAUAAACAAGAACAAAAUACCAUACAAACAUACGCUACGUAGAAUCUUAUCUCGUAGAGUAUUAAGUCCCGUGCGAGCUUCCGGUCGGAUGUUAAGCCAAUAUGUAACCGGAGGCUCUGUAUAUGUCGAGCGGUUUAAACGGGAGAAUCGCUUUUACUCGUUGCAAAAUAAAAAUAUAGAAAGAAUUAAACGAAACGUUUCACAAAGGAAUAAUAACAAAAACAUCUUGCUUUGUUGACACGAUUAAAUCGACAAACACUUUGAAAUCUUUGUUAAGCAAUCAUCGUAGCGCUUCGAGCAGCGAAUCUUAUCGAUGAUAAAACAAUCUUUUUUAAACAAAGUUUAAACAAUUUUGAAAAAUUGGUGUAAAUUAAUCUCAUUCACAAUCAGAAUGUUAUUAAUUCCGAUUAAACAUUCCUCUAUUUUUAUUUUCUACAAAGCCAAGCCAGAUAACAAUUAAUCUAUCUAUCGCUUUUUUGGCAUGAAAUUUAUUUCUUCGAUUCUUGACACGAUAACGCGUCCACAUUGUGUUUCACAUUUUUAUAAAGGGAUCGACACAUAUUCAAGAUUACUGUUAAAAAAGAUUGAAAAUAUUACAUAUUUUAAAUAUUAUUUUUAAUCUAAUUCAUCCUUUCUGAAAACACAUACGAUUAUACGAUAUCUACUAAUAUUAUCAAUGAUACGCAAGUCUAUUAUUAAAUGUAAAAAAUAAUUUGUGAUAAAAAUGAUAAAAGAUCGAACGUUGAUUUUCCAAAUUAUUAUGUCAAGCUGAUUAAAUAGUUAUUAAAUAUUAAACAGAAAUACUCUUUAAACUUAAUCGUAUGUGAAAAUACGAUUACAUUAGCUAUAUAUAUACACAUAUAUAUUA